ACUAGUGAUCCAGCGCUUUUGCAGCUCGCGCAGCUCGAGCCAAGGCGCGGUGGAGUGGAUCUUGGCGCGCACUCCACGCUUCUCUUUUCUCUGGAUCAAUCGAUCACCGCAAUCUCGCUAGUGUUCUCUGUCGUCGCGGGAUGAUUCCAGGCAAAAUCGAUAGGUCUCUUCGAGAAUCCGUCACUUCCACGGCCAAUCGCCAGCAUUCUAGCCCUCGCUAAGCGCACAGGGUAAGGGAUUUCAUCGAGAUAUCGGGAUCUGGCGCGAUCGCUCGCCAGGAUGCUGGAUCAGGUACUUUAUUAGGUAGGGAGAAUCCUCGAAAUAUUUUUCCAGAGCGAGAAUAUGAGCGUGAGCGAGGAAUCUCUCAAGCGCUACGUGGAGCACGCGAGCUACAGAUGCUACCAGGAUUUGCUCGUGGAUUCCCGGGCCGACGAGACGGAAGGGUGGAAGCCGAUCAAGAGCAAGCGCGGCAUUGCGAUAUCUUGCCGGAGAGAUGGCAACAAGACGAUCGUGAUGCGAGGCCAGAGCGUGCUCAACAUCUCCCCUUCCAAAUUCCAAGCGGUCACCAACGCGAUCGACACUGCCAAGCAAUGGGACAAGAGCUUCAUUGAAGGCCAGUGCUUGCAUCGCCUGGAAGACAAUCUAAACAUCUUCCGGCUCGUCUUUGGGCGCAAUUCCAGAUCACCGCUCUUUAGAAACCGGGAGUUCAUCGUUCACGAGAGGCGCGAGAUCAUGGACGACGGUACGGUGGUGGUUGCCGUGACGUCUCUUCCACAGGAAAUGGCUGCUGGAAUCUUGCCACCCCGUGGCCAACUCGUGCGUGGCUUGCUUCUCUACUCCGGCUGGGUGGUGGAGCGGAUCCAACAGAGCAAUGCUUGCAUGGUGACUUACAUCGUCCAGGUUGAUCCUGCUGGCUGGCUUCCCAAGUGCAUAGCAAACAUGCUUGUUGUGAAGCUGGUGUUUGUCAUAUACCACUUAUGCAGGCUUGCGGCAGUCACGUUGUCAACUCAUUCUGAGGAAAUCACUAUGAAAUAACAUGCGAAUGUAUGUAUGUGCUGUUUCAGAUCUUAAAUUAUUCUUGAUUUGCGAGCGGGUCAUACAAAA